AAGGCUGCGGGACAGAUGUCCGCGGGCGGGCGGCUGAGCCCUGGGGCGUCUCUAACCCAGACUCGGAGCACAGGGUCCCGGCUGAACAUAAUCAUCAUCGCCGAGGGCGCCAUUGACCGCAGCGGGAAGCCCAUAUCCUCCCGCUAUGUGAAGGACCUGGUGGUCCAGAGGCUGGGCUUUGACACGCGUGUGACUGUUCUGGGCCACGUGCAGAGAGGAGGGACCCCUUCGGCCUUCGACCGCAUCCUGAGCAGCAAGAUGGGCAUGGAGGCGGUGAUGGCGCUCCUGGAGGCCACGCCCGACACGCAGGCCUGCGUGGUCAGCCUGUCCGGGAACCAGUCCGUGCGGCUGCCCCUCAUGGAGUGCGUGCAGGUGACGAAGGAGGUGCAGAAGGCCAUGGACGAGAAGAGGUUUGAGGAGGCCAUCCAGCUGCGCGGCAGGAGCUUUGAGAACAACUGGAACAUUUACAAGCUGCUUGCACACCAGAAGGUCUCCAAAGAGAAGACCAACUUCUCCUUGGCCAUCCUGAACGUGGGGGCCCCGGCGGCCGGCAUGAACGCGGCCGUGCGCUCGGCGGUGCGGUCCGGAAUCUCCCAGGGCCACACGGUGUAUGUCGUGCAUGACGGCUUCGAAGGCCUGGCCCAGGGUCAGGUACAAGAAGUGGGUUGGCAUGACGUGGCCGGCUGGCUGGGCCGUGGCGGCUCCAUGCUGGGGACCAAGAGCAUCGUCAUGUGCGUUGUCCCGGCCACCAUCAGCAACAACGUGCCGGGCACCGACUUCAGCCUGGGGUCCGACACGGCCGUCAACGCCGCCAUGGAGAGCUGUGACCGCAUCAAGCAGUCGGCCUCCGGGACCAAGCGCCGCGUGUUCAUCGUGGAGACCAUGGGGGGCUACUGCGGCUACCUGGCCACCGUGACGGGCAUCGCCGUGGGGGCCGACGCGGCCUACGUCUUCGAGGACCCUUUCAACAUCCAAGACUUAAAGGCCAAUGUGGAGCACAUGACGGAGAAGAUGAAGACGGACAUCCAGAGGGGCCUGGUGCUCCGAAACGAGAAGUGCCACGAGUACUACACCACGGAGUUUCUGUAUAACCUGUACUCGUCCGAGGGGAAGGGCGUCUUUGACUGUCGGACCAACGUGCUGGGCCACCUGCAGCAGGGCGGAGCUCCAACCCCCUUUGACCGGAACUACGGGACGAAGCUGGGGGUGAAGGCCAUACUGUGGAUGUCGGAGAAGCUGCGGGCGGUCUACCGCAAUGGGCGGGUGUUCGCCAAUGCCCCCGACUCGGCCUGUGUGAUCGGCCUGCAGAAGAAGGCGGUGGCCUUCAGCCCUGUCACCGAGCUCAAGAAGGACACCGACUUCGAGCACCGCAUGCCGCGGGAGCAGUGGUGGCUGAGCCUGCGCCUCAUGCUGAAGAUGCUGGCGCACUACCGCAUCAGCAUGGCCGACUACGUGUCCGGGGAGCUGGAGCACGUGACCCGCCGCACGCUCAGCAUCGACAAGGGCUUCUGAGGCUGCAUCCGCCGCCUCCCCGGCCCCUCCCCCCUCCCCGGAGCCUGCGAGCAGGCGGGCGGUGGGCCGGUGGGGCUGCGGCCCUCUCGGCCUGGCUCCGCCCCCCCCCCCACUGCUGCCCGCGGGGGCUCCCAGGUGCGGGGACACCGCUGUCCGUGGGUCCUGCCGGGACCCUGCUCCCUGUGCACUGGCCUCCAUGGGGGAGAGGAGAUUGUCACUUUUCUAGAAAUAAAGUCACUGUGACUGUGGAGUGUGA